UGGCCUUAGAUGUCUUCACGCUUGGAGCUGCUGGCUGCAGAACCAUAUGGAACUGUGGAGACUGUUGGGUCAUCGGCUGCUGCUGGACCAUCGAGUGCUGUUGGACCAUUGACUGUUGUUGACCCAUUGGCUGCUGUUGACCCAUUGGCUGCUGUUGAACCAUUGGCUGCUGUUGACCCAUUGACUGCUGUUGACCCAUUGGCUGCUGUUGAACCAUUGGCUGCUGUUGAACCAUUGGCUGCUGGCGUUGCUGUACUUGGUUCAUCAACUGAACCACCUGUUGCGGGUGCUGACCCGUGUGUUGUGGUACAUGGUUCAAAUUCUGUUGAUUAACCGGCAUAAAUGACAUAACAUUGG